AUGGUGAUUUUGUCUUGGCUUCUUCCUGGUUUCAUCUUAGCUUUUCUUCACGUUACCAGAGCAGAAGAGUGCAAAGUCACCAAAGCAAGUAGACAUUUUGUGGCAGGGCAGCCUUUUGCUCUUUCUUCCACAACCAACACAGUGAAGUGCGGUAAUGGAAAUGUAACUUGCUAUAAAAAUCCUAGCAAAACUCCAGUAACUACAAACAGAAAUUCCAGAGUCCACCAAUAUCUGAACUGGAUUUUAUUUCUUCCUCUAACAUUGGAAGACUCAGGAAUAUAUGAAUUUGUCAUAAGGGAUUUAGAGUGCUGUCUAAGAAUCUCCAUAAACCUAACUGUUCGAAAUAGGAAUACUGGUGGGUGUGAUGAUUCCAACAAAGACCUAGCUGGGCUAGCAUAUAACAACAACUACCAAACAUUAUAUAUAGGAACAAACAGCAUUCUUAGAUGCCAUAUAAUCUCCUUCCCAAACAAAACUUUGAGCCCAAUAGAGUGGUAUAAGGAAUGUAAACCUAUUGAAGAUAAAAAGAAAUUUGUGCCUAUUGAAUCUGAUCUCUAUAUUCAUAAUACAACAGCUGAGGAUGCAGGAAUUUAUUUAUGCAAAACAAAGCUAACAUACAUGGGAAAACAGUAUGACAUUUUAAAUAGAAUUUCCACAACACAACGAAGCAACACAGAAGCAAGGAAAACACCUGAAAUUUUUAGUCCAAAAAAUAAUUCCAUUGAAGUAAGGCUUGGUUCUCCACUUAUCGUGAACUGUAGUAUAAAAGACUGGAAAGGGAAUUCACAUCAUAGAAGUUGGAAAGUCAAUGGCACUUUUGUAGACUUUCUCAAUUCUAGUCGAAUUAGAGAAGGAGUAGAAACAGAGGUUGCUUGCGGUGAAAAAUAUAUUUUCUAUACUGUAAAUAUCAGCUUCUCAGAGGUAAGACAAGAAGAUUAUGACCGUCCUUUUAUAUGUCUAUCUGGAUCAUCGGCAGCAUUUAUCAUGCUCAAACAUCCAGCUCCAAAUGUUCGAGGGUACCUAAUAGGAGGGACUUUUGCUGUAUUGUUUAUGAUUAUAUUUGUAAUGUGCACCUACUAUGUUGUCAAGAUUGACAUUGUACUUUGGUAUCGGAGCACCUUUCAUUCCACUUUGAGUAGAGAAGAUGGCAAGCUCUAUGAUGCUUAUGUCUUAUACCCAAAACCUAAAACUGAAAGCCAAGGACAACACAUGAACAUUUUGGUGCUGAAGAUCCUGCCUGAAGUCUUGGAGAGACAGUGUGGGUACAAAUUGUUUAUAUUUGGAAGAGAUGACUUACCAGGACAAGCUGUGAUCAAUGUUAUUGAUGAAAAUAUAAAGCUAAGCAGAAGACUGAUAAUCAUUUUGGUCCCAGAAUGUUCAAGUUAUGGUCUGUUAAAGAACAUGUCUGAAGAACAGAUCACUAUCUACAAUGCCCUCAUCCAGGAUGGAAUGAAAGUCAUACUCAUUGAAUUAGAGAAAAUUCAAGACUAUACAGACAUGCCAGAAUCAAUUAAAUACCUUAAGCAGAAACAUGGAGUGUUGCAGUGGAAAGGGGACUCUGUGGAGGGAUCGCAUUCAGCAAAAACAAAGUUCUGGAAAAAUGUAAGGUAUCGUAUGCCACCUAAACGGUACCCAUGUUCCACUACAGAGCUGCAUCUUUCAAACCAGAAUGAGAUAAACACUGCACUGUCUACUGAAUGA